AUGGAUGUUAAGACCAUCAACUGUCGCAUUUGUUUACGGCAUGACAUAACAGAUUCAAACAAAUGCCUUUCCCUAUUCGAGACAUAUAAUGGUUGUUCAAUUUCAGAAAAAAUAAGUUUAAUAACAAACAUCAAUAUAAAACAGGGAGAUAAACUUCCAGACAAAAUUUGCCCAAUCUGUUUACUACAGCUCGAAAAUGCUAUUACAUUCAAGCAAAAAUGUGAAACUUCUGAUGAAAUACUGAAGAAUGAAUUGCUCUUACAAAUAAACCAGAAGUCUGGCGUUAUAGAAUUAACUGAAGAAGUGCCUGUGAAGGCAGAAUUAAUAGAAGAAGAAAGUAGUUUCAAACAAGAUGACAAUGGAACGGUAUAUUCUGAAAAUGAAAAUGCUACAGAACUCUUGGAAGAUGAUACAGAAAAGGAAGAAGAUACAUCUCAAACACUAAUAAAAAAGAGUAGAGCUAUAGACUUAAAAUUGAUUUGUGAUGACUGCGGUGAAAGUUUUAAGAGCAAAUGUAAGUUACGUGUGCACUGGAAAAAAAUCCACCAGCCUGAGAAACUAAUUUGCCAUGAUUGUAAGAGAGUUUUUAAAUCUUUUAAAUCAUUCAAUUUACACAAAAAAAGAAGUAGCAGAAACUGUUAUGCUGCUUCGAAAGUACGCAUUGAGGGUCAAGGAAAAGCGAGAGUAUUCCAUUGUAAAGAAUGUGAUUAUAAAUCCAGAAGAAUUAAAGACAUAGAUAUGCAUUUAGCUACACACUCUGGCGAAAGGAGGUUUCAAUGUAAAGAUUGUUUAAAAUGUUUCACACAACAUGCUUCUCUUCAAGCUCACAGAGAAUCCACUCAUAAAGAUUACAGAAUUGAAACAACAUGUAACUUCUGUGGUAAACACUUACAGGGACGCACAAAAUACUACAGACACAUGAAGUCUCACAAUGAAGAAAGCGUGCAAUGCAAAGUUUGCAAUAAAAGGUUAAAAAGUAAAAGAUACUUAGCCACGCAUAUGCUGCGUCAUAGCGGUGUCAAGUCAUACUCCUGUGAAAUUUGUGCGGCUUCAUUUUUUACAUACUGUGAGGUAUACAAUCAUAGGAAAAAGGUUCAUAUGAAAUCUAGAAGUAUAAAAUGUGAUAUCUGUGAUUAUAAAAUGUGUACCGUUACUGCACUUAGAAAACAUAGAUCUAAGCACACUGGCACAAAUGUCAUUUGUCUUGUAUGUGGACAGUUUAGUGAGAAUGAUGAAAAGUUAGCCAUACAUCAAAAACGUCAUUUUGAGCGUAACAUCCAGUGUCCACAAUGUGACAAAAUGUUUCACAAUAAGCGUUCCCUCAGUAAACAUAUGUGCAAAAAUCACCGUUGUACUAUGCUUGUUGAGAAACGAGAUGAGAAAUUAGAUGAAAUAAAAUUUAAUUGUCCAAAAAUUAAGCAAGAAAGUUCUGCCAAUGAUAAUGAUGAGAUAGUUAUAUUAUUGUCUCCACCAACUAUAAUUCUCAAUUGA